AUGAUAGGAACAGCAGAUCCUACAAUACCUGUCAGUGAUGUUCCAUGUGGUGGUUGUGGAGCAUUGUUACAAUGUUCUAGUGAGAGAGAACCAGGAUUCUUACCGAAAGAAUUGUUUGUAAAUAAAAAAGCCAAAAAAUUAAGAGGUGAAAUAUGUCAAAGAUGUUAUUUUUUAAACGAAUAUAAUAUAGCAUUAGGGGUUAAUGUAAUGCCAGAAGAAUAUCAAUUCAUUGUAAGUCAGAUAAAAAAUAAAAAAGCUUUAGUUAUACUCAUGGUUGAUCUUUUAGACUUUCCUUGCAGCAUUUGGCCAGGAAUCGAUAAAUUAAUAGGAGAUAAUAAUGUUGUUUUAGUCGGAAAUAAAAUUGAUUUGUUUUAUCAGGAAAAAAAAUUUGAAACUCAAAUGUUGAAUUCUCUUAAAGAAGAAUUAAAAAAAGAAAAUUUACAAUCGAAAAUAUUAGAUAUACAAUUAAUAAGUGCCAAAACAGGUUAUGGAGUUGAAAAAUUGAUUAAUUUCCUCGGUAAAGUCUGGGGCACAAAAGGUGAUAUGUAUCUUGUUGGAUGCACCAAUGUUGGAAAAUCAACUUUGUUUAACAUUCUUUUAAAAUCGGAUUUGUGUAGAAUCGAAGCUGAUAAUAAAUUACAUAGAGCUACGAUAUCAUCUUGGCCUGGUACAACAUUAAAUUUGUUAAAGUUUCCAAUAAAAAGAUUAUACGGAAAGUUAAAUCGUGUACGGUUUAAUAGGCUAAUGAAUAAAAAUAUUUUAAAAAGCAAAAAAAACAAAGAAAAUACCGAAAAAAGUUUAGAUGGAACACUAACUCAAAAAGUUCUUAAAGAUCACGUCGAAAGAACGGUUAUGAGAAGGGAUAAUGAUGAUGAUGAUGAUGAUUUGGGAAGUAGAAUAAGCAUAUUUGAAUUAAAUGAAAAAAAAAAUAUUCUACCCACGGGAUUAGAUCCACACGAUUCUAAUUUUACACGUUGUAAAUGGUUUUACGAUACUCCCGGAGUCGUACAAAAAAAUCAAUUAAUUAAUUUAUUAACGACACAAGAAUUGUCUAUAACUUUACCCAAAACUGUCGUCACACCGAGAAUAUUUCAUUUAAAAUCAGGUACAUCAUUAUUCAUCGGUGGUCUGGCCAGAUUAGAUUUCGUUUCUGGAGUUAAUAGUAUAUGGUUAUGCGUAUUUGCGUCUAGUGAACUUCCGGUUACAAUAACAUCGAUUGAAAAUGCCGAAGACGUUUAUAACACACUACUUGGAAGUAAUUUAUUUAAAGUGCCUUGCGGUGGGGAUGAUAGGUUAUCAAAAUGGCCGGAAUUAUCAUCGGAAAAAUUUGAAAUUGUCGGAAAAUAUCCAGACGAAGCUUCUGCGGAUGUUGUUUUAUCAUCGGCCGGUUGGGUUUCGAUCGCUUUAAAACCAGCCAAUUAUUGUACACUCGAAGCUUGGACACCACAAGGAAAAGGAAUUUGUUUAAGAAAGGUACCCAUAAUUAAAUCAGGGCAUUUGAUAAGGGGAGAAAGAAUCCCGGGAACUCCAGGAUAUCGAUUACGUCCCUUAAAAUAUUGCUUAAUACGAACAAAAAAAAAAUGCUGA